AUGAUAUUUAACUGUAUUGACUGGGAGCGUGAUGAUGAUUUAGUCCGUAAGCUACACCCAACGCAGAAACCUGUUAAACUACUCAAAAAGCUAAUAGAAAUUUUUACGGACGAAGGCGAUAUUGUAAUUGACCCAUGCGCAGGAAGUGGUAGCACAUUAGUUGCUGCGUUGGAAAUGAAAAGAAAGGCAUACGGGUUUGAAAUUAAAAAGGACUUCCAUAAACAAGCGAGCGAAUGGGUUGAUGUGGUAAGACAACGAAUAGCAGACAUUGACGAAUAUAUGAACCAAGAACUAAAACUACUCGCAGCCAUUGGAAUAAUGCCAGUACUCGCCGACUUCCUCGAAGACCUAAACGAAGACAAAGCCUUCAGGACUGACAUGAAGAUAGCAACGCAGAACCUCAUCGGACAAAUACGAAAAUAUCCAAAUGAAGUUGGGAAAUUGUACGGAUUGGACGGGGUUUCCGAUGAGUGGUAA